AUGGCCGGCGCGACUCGCAUCAAGAAAGCAAACGCCUGUGUCCCUUGCCAUGAACGCAAGGUCAAAUGUGAUGCCGGCACUGUUGGCACCCCCUGUUCUCGCUGUAUAUCCAAAGCACGCCAACAGCACUGCAUUCCGGUAACUCGGAGAUCUCGACGCAACAAAGACACUCACGUCGGAUCAGUCGAGGGCCGCAAUCAGGAUGGCGCCCACACGCCCACAACGCAAGUCACCUACCCCGCCACGCCAGGAAGCAGAUCAGCCCAUCCAGCAUCGUGUGCCAGUACUACCCACGACAUGCCAUAUCAGGUGUCCGAAGAAGACGCUCAGAUUCAGACCCUGCAUCGCAUGUCCGACGGUACAAGAGUGACCCAACUGUCUGGCCCACCCGACCGGAGUGGCGCUUCAGCUAGGCAUCAUGUCGAGUAUCUCGACCGACUGAACUCGGUUUCCAUUCUCUGCGAAGCACUCGGACAUCGCCAGCCAAAACGACUAGUUGGGGUCGAACUCCCAGGUCCAAACUAUAUCUCCGCGAAACAGCGUGAGCUGGUCGACCUUGACGAUGCUGAUAAAGCGUAUCUCGAGGCGAAGCGAGUCUUUGAACCUCCUCCGUACGAUACCUGUAUAGCCCUGCUGAGGAUCUACUUCGAGUACAUACACCCGUACUGUCCGGUGUUUGACCGCGUCAAAUUUUACUUCGAGUUCUCUACCGGCAGCUUGUCCCAUUUCGUCCUUUUUGGUAUACUCGCCAACGUUGUUCCCUAUGCUCCUGUGGAGCUGAUACGACAGGCUGGGUAUCAAGACAAGGUCGAAGCCCAGCACGACUUUUAUCGCAAAGCCCAAUUACUGCACGACUUUGGCUGUGAGAGGAGCCAGCUUACUAUUCUACAAGGCUCAAUACCACUCAGCACCUUUCACUAUCACUUUGCACCUGCAAGAGACCAUCGGUUUUGGUUCCACAAUGCAGUUCGGCUUGCUACACAGCUAGGCCUCCAUCGGCAAAAACUUGAGAAUGACUUAGAUCCCGCAACUCACAGAGUGUGUCGUCGCAUAUGGUGGGUCCUCUACUCCAGAGACGUACUGUUCUCGUUGUCGGGUUUCGGUAAUGCCCGUGCCAUCAACGAUGAAGAAAGCGAUACAGCCUUUCCGACCGAGGACGACUGGGCCGAAGACCACAUCAGCGAAGCAGCCCGAUCGAUGCUGACCGAAGUCACGUCAUUGCAGAAACACUUCUUUAUCCAAAACUGUGAGGUCGCCCGUCUGGGAGCCAAGUUUCUAAGGAUAUCUCGUACCAACCAAUUACCCCGGAACCAUACUACAAUCUGCACCUUCGCCGACGAGAUCGCUGCAUGGCGGAGCCAUUUACCAGACGUCCUGUCCCCGUCACACGUUCGAUCGUGGUCACGCGAGAACGUCUGGAUCAUCGUACUACACGCGCUAAGCUACCGACUUGAGUGUACCUUUUACCGAUUCUCUCGAGAGCUGAUGUCACAAGAAGACAACGAAGCCUCCAUGGUAUGGUGCCGACGACAGCUGUGGGGCUGCGUGUUCGAACUCGACACGUGGAUGAAUCGAGCCGUCGUCAACAACUUGAUCCAAUACUGCCCUUCGUCGAUGAUCGUCUGCGCCGCCAAUCUCCUGGCAUUCCAUAUCGAGAUCUGCCUCGACGCGGCUGCCAGCGCGUCGCAGAAAUUGACCGCAAAGGCCCACAUCCACGCCAUGCUCGCAUAUCUGCAAGAUAUCUCCAGCCAGUGGCGCAUGGCCCGCUGGAUCCAUCGCGUAUCCGAAUGGGUCGUCCAGCGCGCCGGCCUGAUGCUCAAAGACGAUCCCUCCAGUACCCUGCGAGAAGGAACCUCCGGCGCGCGCGCCGAUGCGGACUCCGGACUUCAUACCUCCAACCACGACAGCACCGGAAGUUUCAACGGCGCUGCAGGUGUUGACGGCAGCGGCAGCGGCGGCGACGUGCACGUCUUCGACGUCGAUCGCUUCGACGAUGCGGCGUUGAAGCUCGACGGCGCGUUCCCGGAGCCGUGGGUGCAGGACUUUUUGGGCGAGAGCUUUUUCGGGCAGCUUGAUGACGAUAUGUUUUCAUAUGGGCGUGGGGGAAUGGGUUAG